CCAGGUCCCCGGUUCCGAACUCCCCCCCCCCCCCCUGAUUUCGUUGAAGCAGAUUUGAAUUUACGCCUUCAAUUGCGACGCGAAUUUUGGGAUUUCGUAUAACUCUUCUGUUUCUAUUUCGUUGUUGGGUGAUUUGAUUGGAAUACAAGGCAACCUGAGAUUUUGUAGCGUAUGAUGCAACGGUUUGUUGACACCGUCCUCGCUGUCACUAAAGAUUCAGGUCAGUGAAGACAUUUACUUAUGAGUCCGUGAACAAUAUUGUGAGGCUGAUCAAUGGAAUUUCCGCUCUCUUGUUGACAUUUCUACCUGGGAAAGCAACUAUACUUGAAGGUAUUCAUGGUUGGGAGCUCAAGCCAGCUUUCCGUGGACCACGUUUUCCACGUUGGAUGGAAAAUGGUGUGUCCUCUUUCAACCAGUUCAUUCAUGAACUUUCUGUGGAUUCUGAUACUGAUACUUCAAGCCUGGACACCUUAUCUGGAGAGGAAGAUAGUUCUGGAUAUGAAUCUGCUGGAUCUCCUGUAUCACAAAGUUCUAGGGCCUCUAGAUCUAGUUUUACCAAGCACAGUUGGCAGCAGAUGAAUUGGAUCCAGUAUAUCAUGAUAUGGGUUUUGUUCCCCUUCAAGCUUUUUCUGGGAAUUCCAAUUCGUCUUUUUCAGUUAGCCUAUUCUAGGUUCUCAAAAAGCCCAUCUAUCCCUGGAAGCCCACGUCCUACAUGUUUGCAUUCAGCGAGGAGAGUGCGAAGCCUCAAGGACCAUGUUAUUCACCAUGCAACUGAUCGGAGACGUGGAGUCAUUGAGGAUCUCCAUCUAUUCAUAGAGAUAUGUAUAGAAGCUAUAUUUGAUGUCGUUCGCAAGGCCGCACACCUUCUUCUCUCUCCCUCAGAAGCCUUUGGGGCGUUAAAAUGGCUGUUUUCAUCUCAUGAGAGUGGCAUUAAGGAAGAUCAUGAUGUUGCAGAUGUUUCUGUUUCUACAGCUGUACUGGGGAAGGAUGACCCGAAACCUUCAGAGAGGAAUACCAGCUUUAACGAGUCUUUGAAUACAGAUGCCCGGACAUGUCAAGAUGUCAUAACAGAGCUUGGGUAUCCAUAUGAAGCUAUUCAUGUGAUCACUGCAGAUGGAUAUAUUCUUCUCUUGGAAAGAAUACCUAGGCGAGAUGCACGAAAAGUGGUUUAUCUUCAACAUGGAGUUUUAGAUUCAUCCAUGGGUUGGGUAUCGAACGGAGUUGUUGGAUCUCCAGCUUUUGCAGCCUAUGAUCAAGGGUAUGAUGUAUUUCUGGGGAACCUUCGUGGUUUGGUCUCAAGGGAACAUGUCAACAAGAACAUCUCAUCACGUCAGUACUGGCAGUAUUCCAUCAACGAGCAUGGGAUUGAGGAUAUUCCUGCCAUGAUAGAAAAAAUCCAUGAAGUAAAAACUGCAGAAUUAAAGCUCAGUAAACCUGAUUUUGAAGAAGAAACUAAUGAGGAUCACCCUUACAAGCUUUGCGCAAUUUGCCAUAGUUUGGGAGGAGCUGGCAUGAUUAUGCAUGUUAUUACACGCAGAAUCGAAGGAAAACCUCACAGGCUAUCGAGAUUGAUUUGUUUAUCACCCGCCGGUUUUCAUUAUGACUCAAACAUAGUUUUUUCUGUUGCGGAGCAUGUAUUACUUCUGCUGGCUCCUAUUUUAUCUCCUCUUGUGCCUGCUUUCUACAUACCAACCAGAUUUUUCAGAAUGCUUGUCAACAAGUUAGCCCGGGACCUGCAUAACCUACCAGCAGUUGGAGGACUGGUUCAAACCAUAAUGAGUUAUGGUGUUGGUGGAGACAGCUCAAACUGGGUUGGCGUGUUAGGGUUACCCCACUACAACAUGAAUGACAUGCCAGGAGUAUCAUUCCGAGUUGCUCUCCAUCUCGCACAGAUUAAGCAAGCCAGGAAAUUUAGACUGUUUGAUUAUGGGAGUGCAUCUGCUAAUAUGAAGGCAUAUGGUUCACCUGAGCCUCUGGACUUGGGUGAACACUACGGACUUAUUGACAUUCCUGUUGACCUGGUUGCCGGGCAGAAGGACAGAGUGAUAAGACCUUCCAUGGUUAGAAGGCACUAUAAGUUGAUGAAGGAUGCUGGCGUGGAUGUAUCCUAUAGUGAAUUUGAAUAUGCUCAUUUGGACUUCACCUUCUCCCACCAUGAGGAACUCUUAUCCUAUGUCAUGUCACGCUUGCUUCUUGUGGAUCCUAAUUCAAAGCAUCUAGCCAAUCAGAGGUCCCUGAAGUCGAGGAAGAAAGGACAAGUUAGCAACUAGUGGAUGGAAUACAUGCCAAAUUUCAGCGUCAUACUGCUGGUAUUUUCUAUGGCAGGUUUGCAAUCUAUAGCAGAGAAUCACUGUUUAUGAGAAUGUUAUAUAUAUAUAUAUAUAUAUAUAUAUAUUAUGACACGCACACACAUACCU